GUUCAACUUUAUCGCACGAAUUAUAGCUAACUUUCGAAUUAUCCUUCCCUCUGUUGCUCGCAAAUUCACAUAAGUACACUGUUCAACACGCUCACGUGAUCGUACGUAAAUCUUUAUCGAAAUGUCAAGUUUACGAACAAUUACGUUUCGAGUUUGUCAAACCGACAAUAAUGUAGUUCCAUCGCGCACAGUGACGAUAACGAUACGAAACGUACGCAAAUGGUAUAAUUAUUGUAUAGUUACUUUCGAAUAAUUACUUUCGAACCAUUCGAUCCAUCGAUAACAGCAAGCAUAAAUUACGCAAUCGGUACUUAAACUUCACUUUACGAAAACUAACAUUCGCGAGUAGAGGCACUUUCACUAUGGAUAACUUACCCUACUGUGGCAUUCUUCUUUUGUUGCUACGACGUGAGUAUAUCUUCUUCUUCAAACGACUUUUUUUUAAACGUUGCUUCCGACUAUGUUCAGUGGGAACGGGUGGACUAGGACAGUCUUCGGUAGAUCGAAUCGUCGAUGGAGCACCUAUCGAUAUUACAGAAGUACCGUACAUGUUGUCGUUAAUGAUUAACGAUAAUCACGCAUGCGGCGCUGCUAUUAUCGAUAAAGAAUGGGGACUAACGGCUGCUCAUUGCGUUAUUCCAAUCAUCAACGACCCUAGCCUGUCGGUAAGCACUCGUUCUGGAUCCAACUAUUACGACAUUGAGGGGGUGGUCCACAACGUAACGUUACUUUCUUAUCACGAAAAAUACGACGAGAGCACUAACAAGUACGACAUUGCGGUGUUCAAAGUAAAUCCACCAUUUGAAUUUAACAAUAAUACACAACCGAUAAGACUACCAGAGAAUCCUGAACUCUUCGACACCAAAUGGGGUUUAAUUUCUGGUUGGGGCUACUUUAUAAACGAGAAUCCGCUACUGUCCGAACAUCUUCAAUACGUUAUGGUACCAAAAGUAAGUUGGGAUGACUGUGUAAAAGAGUACGAGAACAGAUUCGAGGUAACGUCGUAUCAAGUGUGUUACGGAUUUAAGCAAGGAGGGAAAGAUGCCUGUAAGGGUGACUCGGGUGGCCCGUUAGUUAACAAUUUUACCGUGAUCGGUAUAACAUCAUGGGGUGCUGAAUGCGGUCUAUCACACUCACCUGGUGUCUAUACAGACGUCAGGCAUCUGGUAGAUUGGAUUAAAAAUAAAAUUACCAACUCUUAAUUGAUCUGCAACGCGUCGUUUUAAUAUCUUCAAUGUA